GGGGAGGAGGGGGAGGAGGAGGGGGACGGACGCUGCACACAAAUACCAAAAUAGGAUAGAGCUGCCUCCACCGUCCUGCCAGAGCUAAAUUGAGGUUCAUGUGUUGGGAGAGGAGCGUUCAACCAGGGGACGCGGUCGACUGUUGUUGUUGUUGUUUUUGUUGGACAACAUCGAUUUAUGCAAACAGGCUGAGAGAUAAGAUGUCACAUGAACAAAGCGAAAUCUACACGCACGACUUCUUGGACGCCGAGCAUCCGGCGGAGCUGCUGGACGCGCUCCGGCGCUUUUACGCCAGCGGCCUGUUCGCAGACGUCUCGCUGCAAUGUGACGAGUCCGGACAGGUGUUCCGCUGCCACAAGGCGCUGCUGGCGGCCCGCAGCUCCUACUUUAAAGUCAUGUUCACGGCCGACAUGCGCGAGCGCACCCACGGCGUCGUCAAGCUGCGCGGGCUCCACUGCGGGGUCCUCGGCGCGCUCGUGGACUACGUGUACACGGCGCAGGUGCGCAUCACCGAGGCGAACGUGCAGAGCCUGCUGGAGGCUGCGGACCUGCUGCAGUUCGCCCCCGUCAAGCGCGCGUGCGAGGAGUUCCUCGUGCGCCUCCUGGACGUGGACAACUGCCUGGGGAUGCACGCUUUCGCUCAGCUGCACUUGUGUCCCGGGCUGGAGAGGGAGGCGCGCCGCGUGAUGCUGAGCAGGUUCCCGGAGCUCAUUCGGCAGGAGGAGUUCGUGGAGCUGGACUGUGAGAGGGUGAAGUCGGUUUUGGCCGCCCAGAGCCGGACGGUGCAGCGGGACGAAGUGCUGAUCGAUGCCGUGGACAAGUGGGUGACUUAUGACUUGAAGAAUCGAGUUCACCUCGCCGGCGAUCUGCUGAGCUCCAUCCAGCUGGACCUGGACGAGCUUUACUUCAAGGCCAGUUUAGACGCGCACGCGCACCGCCUGCUCAGCAGCGAGGGCAAAUUCAAAUCCAUGGUCACCCGGGCUGCACGCUCCGGGGGCAAGGGCGCGGCUGCAGGCGGGAAAAUGCCCCCCAGCAUGUACAUCAUCGGCGGAUACUACUGGCAUCCUCUCAGUGAAGUCCACGUGUGGGAUCCUGUCAGCAACACGUGGGUGCAGGGGAGCGACAUGCCCGAUCCUGCCAGAGAGAGCUACAGCGUCAGUUUGCUGGGAGCCAACAUCUACGUGGCCGGUGGCUACAGGACCCACACGGUUGAGGCUCUGGACACGGUUCUGAUUUAUAACUGCGACUAUGACCACUGGAGCGAGGGCUGCCCCAUGAUUACAGCCAGGUACUACCAUUGCUCUGUGGCUUUGCAUGGCUGCAUUUACGCCAUUGGAGGCUACACAGGAGGAGCUCCGGUGCGAGACGCGGAAUUUUACGAUCCCUUGAAAAAGAAAUGGUCCCCUGUGGCCAAAAUGAUUCAAGGUGUAGGAAAUGCCACAGCCUGUGUAAUGGGAGAUAAAAUCUAUGUGACUGGAGGCCACUAUGGAUACAGAGGAAGCUGCACCUAUGAAAAAAUCCAGGUCUACAGGCCAGAUGUCAAUGAGUGGAGUAUCGUUACCAUAAGUCCCAAUCCAGAAUAUGGCCUCUGCUCGGUGUCCCUCAACAACAAGCUGUAUUUGGUGGGUGGGCAGACGACCAUCGCGGACUGCUACGACACAGAGAGAGACGAGUGGAGCUCCGUAUCCACGAUGAAGGAGAGGAGGAUGGAGUGUGGGGCUGUGGUUAUAAACGGCUGUAUUUACGUCACGGGGGGGUACUCCUACUCAAAAGGGACCUAUCUGCAGAGCUUUGAGAAGUAUGACCCUGAGCUGGACUCAUGGGAGAUAGUGGGCAGCCUUCCCAGCCCGGCCAGAUCACAUGGAUGCGUUUGUGUCCACGGUGUUUAGUGCCAGCUCCCGAGUCGCAGGUCAUUAUUUAUUGUCUUGUUGUGCCAAAUUAAUCUAAUGGUAUUCAGUGCACAUUCCAGGAGCGCUAACACUUUUUUUGCACUUUUUUUUUAAAGUCCACAUUUGCCAAGUAUGUCACGAUACCUCAGGAUGACAGUGACAGUUUUACUCACUUUUAUUCUUAUUUUUAUACACACACACACACACACACACACACACACACACACACACACACACACACACACACACACACACACACACACACACACAAUGCUGGUGUUUCAUUAAAUAAAUUGUUACAUCUG